GGCCACGUGGUCCUUUCCCCAGUCUGGUUCCUCUAUAACCUGCUCAUGAAGAUGUUCCAGCGCUCCACCCCGGCCAUCACCCUCGAGAGCCCGGACAUCAAGUACCCGCUGCGGCUCAUUGACAAGGAGGUCAUCAACCAUGACACCCGGCGGUUCCGCUUUGCCCUGCCGUCACCCCAGCAUAUCCUGGGCCUCCCUGUUGGCCAGCACAUCUACCUCUCUGCUCGAAUUGAUGGGAACCUGGUCAUUCGUCCCUACACACCUGUCUCCAGCGAUGACGACAAGGGCUUCGUGGACCUGGUCAUCAAGGUUUACUUCAAAGACACCCAUCCCAAGUUUCCCUCUGGAGGGAAGAUGUCCCAGUACCUGGAAAGCAUGAAGAUCGGAGACACCAUUGAGUUCCGGGGCCCGAACGGGCUGCUGGUCUACCAGGGCAAAGGGAGGUUUGCCAUCCGCCCAGACAAGAAAUCCAACCCCAAUAUCAAGACGGUGAAGUCUGUGGGCAUGAUCGCAGGCGGAACAGGCAUCACCCCAAUGCUGCAGGUGAUUCGCGCUAUCAUGAAGGACCCGGAUGACCACACCGUGUGCCACCUGCUCUUUGCUAACCAGACUGAGAAGGACAUCCUGCUGCGGCCCGAGCUGGAGGAGCUGAGGAACGAGCAUUCUGCACGCUUCAAGCUCUGGUUCACGGUGGACAAGGCCCCUGAAGCCUGGGACUACAGCGAGGGCUUUGUGAACGAGGAGAUGAUCCGGGACCACCUGCCGCCCCCGGAGGAGGAGCCGCUGAUCCUGAUGUGCGGCCCCCCGCCCAUGAUCCAGUACGCCUGCCUGCCCAACCUGGACCGCGUGGGCCACCCCAAGGAGCGCUGCUUCUCCUUCUGAUGGCGGGGCUCUGGCCGCGCCUGCCCGCCCUGCCUCACCUUCCCUGUCCGCACCCACCUCCCUGCCAUCUUUAAGGUCACUUCCCCCAAGUCUCACACUAUGGCCCCAGACUCAGCCUGGCCUGCCCAUGACUGGGUGGUCACCCUGUGGGCUGGCCCUCAAGGGGCCCCCUUGGGAACAGGGUUCGGUUACAGUGGGCAGCCAUGGCCACCUUCAGGACAGGUUCCUGCCUGACCCCCACUGGCUCUUGCCAGUGGCGCCCGGCCCCGGGUCCUGCCCUUCCCUCGUCUCCACACUCCCCACACUACUGGGCCAAGGCCGCCAGCACCGGGUUCCACUCGCCCCUUCCAGAGCAGACCACAGUCCGGAGACAAAUGGAAAUAUGCGGGCAGUCCAGAGCUGAGGUGCCAGGCAGUCCCCUGCCACCACCCUGGGACCCUCGCCUGCGCCCCUCACUUCCUGCCUCGGCCAGGCCAGGCCUCAGCACCUGACAAUACAUGACAGGUACUACUCAAAAGUCCUCUUGACAGGGACUGCUGGGGAUGGCAGGCUGUCCCCCCCCCAGGGCCCAGGGAGGAGGGCCCGGCUGAGGGCCCCUCUGGCUGGCACCUGAGCCUUCCAGAAAUCUCCACAUUUCCCCAACACGCCCAAACAUUUGGCAGCCUCGGGAAUUCCAAGCAGUCAGCUCAGUGGUUGGGUUGACCGCUCAGGGUCCUGGGCCUCCAGCCCUGAUGGCAGAGGUAAGACAAAGCUAAUGUUUAUUUUUUCCUCUGUCCCGGACCCACCCCGCCUGCUGCUUCCUGCACCCCAGUGUGGGGGCGAUUUUGAGCAGAGCCUCUUGUCCGAGGCGCGUUCUCAGUGGCCUCGACAUUGCCUUUAGGUAGCAAUGGUUAGCCUUUUGCAUAUCGGCUUUUUCAGAGUCAUUUAUGAGCAGAAAAAAUGUUGAAAUAAAACAUUGCUAAUAUUAA